CUCGCGCGUCACCUCCUCGUGCGCGCGCGACGACGCCUGGCUCAGCACGCCGCCGUCCAUGCUCAGCAGCGUGAGCGACAGCCCCUGGCCGUUGCUCAGCGACAGCGAGGGCAAGCGCUGCGUCUUGAGCGCGGGGGCGGGGCCCGAGACGCCGCUCUCACUCACUGCGAUCUCCACGUCGCUGGAGUCCGUCGCCAUGGCGAGAGAAUGGUCGCGCUAGCUGGAAGGGCGGAUCUGGCUGGAUCUUGGGUUCGGAGGCCGCGUUCUCGGGAUGUAGAGCGCGCCUGGAGACCGCGCGACCGCCGACACGUAGAGGAAGCGCGGGGCUGUGUGCGUACUAUCGAAGCACCCGGAGAACCUCCGCGCGAAGAGCUCCAGAUGAAGGCGGAGGGGGCCGACGGGCGAUUCCUCCACGAUCGAUGUUCCCAAAAUGGCUCGAGUCAGUGUCGGUUGCACUGGACUGUGUCCAUUGACGGUGGGAGUAGCAAAUUCUAUUGGAUUUCUAUUGACAGACACUGCAUCUGGACACUGCGAAUAUCAAUAGACGGUGCAGUACGCGUACGGCACUGCGAUUCGUGGAAAAGGAUGUGGAUUUGUACCAAUGAACACGCUGUAAAGUGUAGCCAUAAAGGAGACGUGACACUUCAACCAGGUCAAGUUGAGGCACAUGGCGAUCUUCUCACCAGAGAAGGGGUUUCCGAAUUGAGUUGGCAGCAAGCGCGGCUUGGAAAUAGACGUCGCCGCACAUCGCAUGCGGCUCGGAGCUUUCUCUUCCAUGCUCCCAUGCUCGUCAGUUGGCUAUUUGCAGGUGGGCAGGUGAUAACACGAGCAUGGAGAACGCUCAGCGCGUCGUGGCGGACAUUGUGGCGAGAUGCAGGUACCGAGGUGUCGAGGUUUCCGAGACGCUGGCGGCGUUCACAGCGCGCCUCGUAGUGCAUCGCAGUCGGCGUCACCUUGUGCUGGAGCAGCCCAUGUCGCCUGAGGACGAGCUGUACCUGACCGAGCAGUGCGAGCAGGCCCUGCUGAGAGACGACGACCCUGCGAUGGAGACCGUCAAGAUGCAGCUGGAGUUCGACUUCACGCACGCGAACCUCGAGGAGGAGCUGCGUCUACGCCGCGAACGCAAGGAGCAGGCGGUCGCCAAGCUGCAGCGCACGAUCUCCUCGCUGGUACCGGAAAAGGCCACCGACUUCGAGACGCUCUCGGCGCUGUACAAGCACAUUUUCACUCUGCUCAUGCUGGACGCUGACGGUCUUGGCAGAAACAACAGCGACGACGAAGGCGACAACAACAAUGGGAAGCACCACAGCAACAACUCGAGUAAGCAGCAGGCGGAGCGUCGAGCCAUGGAGAAGGAGGUAGCGGCGGCUCUGGAGAGCGUGUUCCCGCGCAUCGGCUUGAAGUCCUUCGCUACGAUGUCUCCUGACGACAAGCGCUUCCAGCUGGACGAGCUCAUGCGCAUCGUGGAGGGCAUCCGCCUGUUCAACAAGGAGCUGGGGAAGGGUGGCGCAGGCAUCCCAGCGAGCGGGCGGGAUAUCCAGGAUAACGUCGCCGCUCUCGCAAAGCUUGUGCGCGACGAGGUGCGUGAAGCAAACGAGAUCUGCACUCAGUACACCGAAGUCCUGCUGCAUGUGCACCACCAACUUGGAGAGAGUGCCGAUUCGACGGAGCCACCCCCGAAAGCCGACGAAGUCGCACGAUGGCAAGACGAACUGAGCAACCGGCGCCAGUUCCUGUCGUAUCUGCAGAGCCUUGAGGAGGACAUUGCGUUCUCGCACGAGAAGGUUGGCACGCGGCUGCAGAUGUUUCAGGCCGACAUGAGCGCGCUGCAGAAUCUUGUGGGGGCGCGCACGUCGCUGCCGAAGUCCCAUGUGUAUCCGCUGUUCGAGGCAGUGUCGCGUUCGUGGGCGGAGCUGCACCAAGAGCACGAGCUGCUUCAGGCUCGAGCCCGCGCGCUGCGGUCACUACUGCGUUUCAAGUCGACCUUCACAAGAACGCUCUCCCCGGAGUCGCCCAUAGUGCGUCAAGCUCGGCGUGGGGGCUCCAUCCCGACUGAAGACCUCUUCUCGCACGUCGAGACGUUCCCCGCCGAGAGGCAGCUCACUGGAGACGGCAAGACAAGAAGCUUUGGCUUGGCAGGCGACGACCUUGACGGCGACGAGGACGACAGCAAUCCCAACGAGGAAGAAGGCUCGGGCUUCCCCAUUCGAAUGCCCGUAGAGUCGACGCCCGAGUUCAUGCAGCUACCACUCGAGUACCAGGGAUUCUGUCCAUGGACCGUGGUGGAGCGUGGAGGACUGUUGCUGCCGGGCGAUCCGUCGCUGGGCGUCGUGCAGUACCGCAAUGCUUACCACGUCUUCGUCAAUGAGCGCGCGCUUGGUGAAUUCAUGAUCCAUCCGCGUCGAUACGUGCAGGGGGUCCUCCACCGCGCAGCUCGACAACCCGCACUCAUCUACUUGCUGCGCCUGCAGGAAUCGUUUCCGAACAUCACGCUGUCCUCGCUGCUGAAAAUGUGCCACCGUUUCCGCGUUGAAGGCCCUCGAGGCGUGCAUCCACUGCUGGCUCCGCCGCCGUCGCAAAAAGUCGACGCCAGCACCGCGACGCCCACGCACUUCAUCGAGAAGCGCAUCGACUACAACUACGACUGGAACGAGUGGAAUCUCCGUCGCAAAGCCAUCAAGAUCGCCAACCUCCGACACUGCCGCACCGUCGGCGCCCAGACCGCCCUCAGCAGCUUCCGACGGGAAGUCGACACCCAGGUCUACCUGCCGGCUGAAGUCGGCUGCCAGACGGCCAAGACGCAGGGCACCAAUCCUCCCCGCGUCACCACCUUCUUCACGGGUCUGCGCAAAGGCCACGUCUACACCAUCGACGACGCCAAACGCGCCGAAGCCAAGGAGGCGAAAGACGCCGCAGCGGGAUCCGAGUACAAGAAGAGCCGCCGAUCCAGACAUAACUACGAAGACGACGCAAAAGAGAGCAAAGCGAGCGAGGACGACGACAACCAACCGGUCCUGGUCUCCUACACAUUUGAUUUGUCAUAGUAAAAAUUGGUUUCAUCUAAAAAAUUCGAGCCAUAAAAAAUUAGGCGACUUUGUGAGAGUAAGGCUCAAGCUGCAAGUGAUGCGAGGGAGGGGAUGAACAGGGAAACGAACCAUACCACCUGCUCCGGACGAUAGGCUGGGCUCUUGAAGCGUGGUCGAUUAAGUUACACGCUGAAGAUGAAGUCCGUAAACUUCUCCGUGUCGACCGACUUGCCGUCCGCCUCGAGGAGCUCCGGAGCGUGCUUCUUGAUAAACUCGACCUGAGACGCGUCGAAGCGUUCCUCGAUCUCCUCCAUCGUCAACUCCUCGCCAGUGAGAAUGUCCAGUGCCUCGUGCACGUCGUCCUUCGUGGAACCGCUCUGCAGCUGCUCCGUGCAGAAGGUGGCGAACUGGUCGAACGUGAUCUCGUCGUUGUCAUCCUCGUCGAUCUUGUCGAAGUAGUCGUGGCAGUCAUCCUCGCUCAGGCUCAGACCGAGACCCUUGCACGCCAUGAUGAACUCGUCGCGAGCAAGGACACCGUCGUUGUCGAGGUCGAAGUGGUCAAAGACCUCCUUGAUCUCCUUCGCCUGCUCAGGGGUAAGGCUGCCCACCUCGCUAAGUGCGAGCUCCUUCUCGAGGGACUUCACCUUGUCGCGCACAGCAAUCUCCAGCGACGUAAACUGGGCACGCAGACCGUGGAUCGUGUCCGUUGUGAACGGGUUCGUGUGCACCUGCAGGCGCUCCAGCUCCUCGUUAAUGCGCUCAAGCUUCUCCAUGUCCUCGGUGAGCGGGGCAAUGAUCUCCGCAGCCUUGGCCUUGGCCUCCUCAACCUGCUUAGCCUUGGUCUCCUCAACUUCAGCGGCCGCAUCCUUAGACUUGUCGCCCUCCUCACUCUCCGGGGCGGUCUCGCUUUCAGCGGCAGGCUUGGCAACCUCAGCAACCACAGACGUCUCAACACCCGUGAUCUCAGGGUCUUCGGGCUUACCCUCAACUUCUUCCUCCAGCACAACGCCAGUGUUGGCGCGGAACAACCUGUAACGAAGCUUCACCAUCGAGUUGAACUGGUCCUUCAGCGAACCCUCCACGACAUUGAUCGACUGCGUACUCUGUGCGCAACGCUCCUUAAUGCGAGCGGACAGCGUCGCGAAUUCACGGCAGACCUCGUCACGCUUCUCCACGUUAGCGAGCUCCUCCUCGUAGUAGCCA